GCGCGCGCUCUCGUUCUGCGCGCUCAUCAUUAGUCCUUCACUCAACUGUAAGCUUUAAAUCCAUCAGACUGAGGAAGAUGGACAGCCAUGAUCGAUAAAGGCAUGAGUUGGAUCCAGAAUCAGACAGGAGUUCUGCUCGCCGUUAUUUCUGUGGCCUGUCUGGCUUGUGCUGUUGUCAUCUGCCUGUGCUGCAGAAGGAGGUCUAAUAUACAACAAGCGGACAAUGACCUCUAUGACCAAGACGGGUUUGAACGAAGCAGUACACCUGAUAGCAAGCAACCUCCAACAGUGUUAAGAUCACUCCAGACAGAAAGCGAGACUCCUUCAACCUCAAGACAUUCAAUGACAAUCAGGUCUAUGAAAAAUGACAUGCCCUGGAGCUACCAGAACCUUCCACAUGCUGAAAACGGCAUCUUGGAAGCAACAUAUGUGGACCCAAUUCCAAAUCCACUUUAUGCAAACGAAGAUACAGACAAUUUGGAUACAGGAACAUAUGAAAAUGUUUUUCCAACAAAGGAGGUGCAACACGAUUCAGAUAGCUACGAUUAUGAAAACUCAGACUUUUUGGCAAAUCAAUCGGUGGAAGAAGAAUCUGACUACGUGAACAAUCCAUAGGAAAGUCUUGUUUCAUCAUCUCACAGAAAUGUUUUCACUUUCACAUUUGUCACAUUUUGUGUUUGUUUGUGUUUACCUGAUGUUUGUUUGUGUUUACUGUUAAUUUAAAAUAGAUUAAUAAAGCAUCUACUAUACUUUAAA